UCUUUCGUUCCUCUUUCUUUAUCGAGCACGUCGUGCGUGCGUUGUCCCCCCGACGUCUCGCGGACGAGCAAUUGGAAUUCCUCGCGUGUCCACACGCAGGCCCGAUAUAGUCGGAUGGCGCGAUCUGGAACGUGAACGUCGAUCGAUCGCCUUCUCGCGCGCGUCACAAGACCGCUCGAGGCACGGUGACGCUUCGCGACACCGCGACGGUUCGGGAACGAAGAAACGAGAGGAAGAUAACCACGAACGAAGACGCGGACGGAAAAAAACCGUUGGGGAAAAAAAAGAAUCGAUCUCUAUCGAGAUACGUGUGCGUGUCCGUUAGGGAAAACCCACUACACGUAACACGUUUUAGCAAAAACCGUUCAACCUGGAUCUAAGGACGACGAAUCUGGACGUUUACGUCGACGACCCUGAUCAUCAUCGGGUGUUGGACGGUCGCGACAAGUCGCGCACCAGGGAUCGAAAGAUCGUCAAGAUAGAUCCGAAGGCGAUCGACGAAGGCAUCGCGACGACGGAGGACGGCGGUUACGAGGAUCGUUUGCGGGAAGGCGCUAAAGAGAGUCGUCUCGCCGCGAUGAGGGGCGAGUCGGCGCGACCCGGAAAGCGCCCUUUAAGGGCGCUAUCCGCAUCCGAGAAGAUGGACGCGAUACAGAGGGUUCACGAGGGCGAGAGCAAGGCGUCGGUGGCCCGCGACAUCGGUGUGCCCGAGUCGACGUUACGCGGCUGGUGCAAGUCGGAGCAGAAGAUCCGCGGCAUGGCGAGGAAUUCCUCGACGCCUGACAGCGAGGCACACUCGCCUGCCUCGUCGUCCGGCGCGAACGUCACGGGCGCUGGCAACUUGGCCGGCGGUUCGGCGAAUCUCUCCAGCGAGGACGAGGGUCCUUGCGCGAAGAAAGUGAAAAUAGAUCAGCAGACGUCGGUGACGGGCGCCGGCACGUCGUUCGUCGGUGACAUUUGCACGGAUUCGGACGGGAAGCAGGACAGCAAGCAACCGAAGAUCGAUUACGUGGGCUUGAUGACCAGCAUGGCGGGCAUGAGACCCGAGAAUAGUUCGCUGCUGCUGCAACAGCUGGGCCUGCUGUCGGGCGCCACCGGUACGUUGGCCAAGAAUCUGUUGAGCAUGUCGCCGGCGCUGUCGCACGGCAGCGCCGUCGGUCUCGUGGAGAACGGUCUCCAGUACACGAAGAGCAGCACCGGGAACCCGUGUCUCUCGAACGCCGUGAACAGCUUGAACGGGUCCAGCAACAAGAGGCACAGCAUCUCCGCGAUCGCGCCCGCACAGAUGGACUCUGUCGUCGCCAAGUCCUGCACGAGGAAGAAUCUACCACCUGCCGCGGAGGCGCCCUCGACGCCGGUGCCGGCGUCGCCGAGGAAGACCAACGAGAACAACAGCAUUCAACGGUCGUCGAAACCGAAAAAGGAUGGGAACGUGAGCGGCGUCGGCGGGAACAGCAACAAAAAGGUGGACGAGGCGCUGUGGCUGUGGCUGACGCAGCAACAACAGCUGCUCGGGCAGCAGUCGGCGAGCUUCAAUCCGAGCAUCAAUCAGCAAGACGGUUCGUGGUUCUGGAAGUGGUACAAGCAGUGCAGCUUCCCGCUGAUAACGCCGACGCCGACGCAGCUUACGCCCAGCCCCGUCGCCAAGAAAUCGCCGAGCAAAGCGAGGGCCAUGCUCGACAACGUGUUGUGCAACAACAACAACAACGAGAACGUGAAACGCAGCUUGAACAUGGAGAUGGCGGAGGACGAGGACGUCGAGACGUCGUCCGGUGACGUACCGACCAGCACCGAGGAGGCGAUCGAGCACGGCGAGAAGUUCUUCAAGUGGUUGGACAAAUGCUCGGACCCGGCGGUCACGAGGCUCCAGAUUAUACAGUUCAAAUACCUAUUGGACAAUCUGAAAGCGUGUAGAAAGAAGUCGUCGUCUAGCGCGAAACAAAGCAGAAAGUAGGCGAGAGAAGCUCUGUGAUGCUAAAUAUAUAUCUUAGAAAGAGUGUGGUUAAGCGCGGCAAACGACGAGACAGCAGAUUGAAAAAGAAUACGGUACAACGCGGGAAAGAGAAGAUCGAGCCUAUCGUCUUCUUCUUCCCGUAACGACGUGACACACACGGUCGAUCUCCUUUCGACGGAUUCGUCGUCUACGUAGUCGAAACGAUUUCCUUUUCAUUUUUCUUUUUGCCUCGUUCUUUUUCGGUUUGUUUCUCGAUCCCCCCCCCCCCGAAGGAUUCGCACGCCUCGUAUUCGUCCGCGCGCGUGCGUGCACGAGUGAGAGAUAACGCGAACAGGGAACUGUUGUGCCGUGCCCCCCAACUCCGAGAGAACCCCCCUUCGAUUCUUACGUAUCGCGAUUAUAAAAGAUCAACGCAACGAUCGUUCUACACAUAUUUCUCUUCCCUCAGUUACCUUAAAGAGUCGGGCCGAAUCAAAAAUAAAGGAUCGUCACGAUCUUUUGUUUAUCGAAACUUUGUACAUAAGAGGAUAUACCAAAUUCGUGAAUGGACUGUUGUAAUUAUGAUUAAAAGUUAAGGUGUCCGUAGAAGAGGUAUUAUUAUAUCACUUUAUCAUUCGUUAGUUUUAAGGUGCGCGCGCGAAACUUCCUCGCGACCAAUCGAGAAUAUAAAACGGAUAUGGAUCCAUCGACCGGUAA